AUGGGAGAGGAUGUUCUUCCUGGGGAAAUAUCCCCUCUGGUCUGUGGUUAUCGAGUCUAUCAACAGAAAGCUCAGCUGGUCCAGGAGAAAGUCGUGUACCUGGGAUAUGAAGUAUCAGGAGGACAACGAUCCCUGGGGACGGCAAGGAAAGAAACCAUCUGCCAGACACCCAGACCAGAAACGGUGAGAAGCCUCCGAGCCUUCCUAGGAAUGACAGGUUGGUGCCGCUUCUGGAUAUAUCAGUAUGGGAUAAUUGCAAAGCCUCUGUAUGAUCUGCUAAGAGUAAUUAAGAUAACUUGGACCCCCGAGGCAGACAAAGCCUUCAAAAGACUGAAGCGAGAACUCAUGAGGGCUCCGGCGUUGGGUUUACCUGAUGUGACGAAGCCCUUCUGGCUGUUCUCGCACGAGCGUCAAGGAAUGGCUUUAGGGGUCCUGGCUCAACAACUGGGGCCGCACAAAAGAGCAGUGGCCUACUUCUCCAAGCAACUGGAUGAGGUAAGCAAAGGAUGGCCUACUUGCCUAAGGGCUGUCGCAGCAGUGGUUGUAAACAUAGAAGAAGCCAGAAAGCUUACUAUGGGAUAGAAAAUGACUGUGUUGGUAUCCCAUACUGUAUCUGCAGUGCUAGAACAAAAAAGGAACCACUGGCUGUCACCUUCCCGGUUCCUGAAAUACCAGGCAAUCCUAGCUGAACCUGAUGAUGUAACCAUUCAAGUGACUAACAUUGUCAACCCAGCUUCAUUCCUAGAAGGAAAAACCUCAGCAGAACCUGUUGUACACAACUGCUUGGAGACCAUUGAAGCAGUGUACUCCAGUCACCCAGACCUCAAAGAAGAACCACUUCAGGAUGUAGACGACUGGUUCUCGGAUGGCAGCAGUUUCCUGAAACAAGGUACAAGGAUGGCUGGCUAUGCAGUGACCACAACAGAACAGGUAAUUGAAUCCAACCCUUUACCUGUAGGAACUUCAGCUCAGAAAGCAGAACUGAUAGCUCUUACCCGAGCUCUUGAACUGGCAAAGGGAAAGCAAAUCAACAUCUGGACUGACUCUAAAUAUGCCUUUGCUGUUGUACAUGCCCAUGGAGCGAUCUGGAAGGAAAGAGGACUAUUGACCACUCAAGGAAAAGCUGUUAAACAUGCAGAGGAGAUCCUGCGAUUGUUAGAAAUCGUCCAACUCCCAUUACAGGUGGCUAUAAUGCAUUGCAGGGGACACCUGAAAGGCAACACCAUUCCAGAAAUAGGAAACAGAAAAGCUGAUGCAGAAGCCAAAUUAGCAGCUGCAAGAGGUAUGGAACAACCAGUAGCAGCUUUAGUACCAGAAGGAUUGGACACAAAUCAACAGCGGCAGUGGCUGCAAACAGCGGUGGCACGCGGCUGGCGCGGGGUCGUCUCGCGGCGCGGGGCUGCUGGCGGCGGCGGCUGGCAUGGGGUCCUCUCGCGGCUCGGGCAGGCUCCGGGCUCGGCUCCGGCGGCGGCGGUCCUUUCGGCGCAGCGGCGGCGCGGCGGCGCGGGGUCCUUCUGCUCUCCGCGGCGGCUGGCGCGGCGGCUGUGGCGGCUCGGCGCGGCGGCGGCGGCGGGGAAGCGGCGGCAAAAGCGGCAACAGGUUCUCUGUGGGUUCGCGGUGGCUUUCGGCGAUUUUUCUCGAUUUUAA